UCGCCGGCAGCGCGGCCUCGCAGCGGCUCUAUGGGCGUCGUGAGCAGCGGCGUCGACCCGGCCAACUACUGCACCGUCCACCAGACGUCCGACGGCACCAAGGUGCGGUGGGACAUGAAGCGGCCGAAGCUGAUCGUGCCGCGGCGGGAGAUCAACCUGUCGUCGCAGCCCCGGCGCUCGGCGCUGAAGCCGUCGACGGCGGCGGCGGCCGACCCGCUCACCCCCGUGGAGGAGGCGCCACCGGGGGAGGGCGAGUCGUCGCCGGCCGCGCGGCCCUCCCGCUUCAUGGUGAAGAAGGUGCCGGAGGGCGCCGGCAGCGCCGAGAUGUUGCCGAUGGUGCCGCUCAAUGGGGACGCGAUGACGAACGGAGGGGCGCAGAAUGGUAUCACCAACGGUGUGUCCCUGGACGGCGACAGCGGCGCCUCCAGCGACGAGCCGACAACCAACAGCCUGGCCGUUUCGCCACCAGGGAGCAGCACUGAGCGUCGCCGCUCCUCAACGCCGCGCAAGGGCAGCACCACCUCUGACGUUUACGACUCGCUGGUGUCCAACAGCUCGCGGGCCGGCCGCCUGCGGGACGGCAUCGCCAAGAUGAUGCCGAAGCGUUCCGGCAACCUGGACCUGGAGGAGAGGAAACAGAGUGCCGACCAACGCCUGAACCGCCAGUUCAGUCUCUCCGACAUGCACCAGGGCGAGGGUGACGGACUGGCCAACAUGAGCCAGAUGAUCCAGCGGACGUUGGACAGAACCACACAGAUGCUCAGCGGCAUUAAAGGCCCGAGUGUACCGACGGAUACGGAGGUGCGGCUGCGACGGGCGUGGCGACGGCGCCAGCUGAACCGCGAGGUGGAGCUCCGUGACGUCAUCGAGGUGGACACGUUCCCGCUGGCGGUGAACGUGGACACGCCGCUGGUGCAGGUGCACAAAAUGUUCGCCAUGUUGUGCGCCAACAAGAUGUACGUGAUGGACCGCCGCCGCCUGGUGGGCUGCCUGCCCCUGCAGAGGCUGUCCGAGUUCAUCACGCGCGGGCACAUGGACGACCUGGCCCCGACCUCGGUCUACGACACGGUCACAUCGGCCGGCCAGCUGACGCCGCGCCAGGAGCGGCGCGGCUCGCAGGACACGCUCGAUGAGAUCGACGACAGUGUGUACGACACAAUCACCGAGCCGCCCGUUGCCGACCCGCCGCCGGCAGCGACAUCUCCUGUCUAGGCGACGAACUGCGCAACGUGACGUCACAGGGUGGUGGACGCGAUGGCGUCGGGUGGGGUUUUCUGGUUGUGAAUGACAAGCGAGGAGACCAUGCUUUUUAGCGAUGUUUUACGUUUUUAUACAAACACAUUUUUAAGUAAUAAAGACUGCAAGCUUG